AUGAAUCGAUUGUCAGUUUCAAGUCUUGGUAACAGGUUUAACAAUGUUGUGAAGAAAAUAGCUUUAACACCGGAAUGUGAAGCAUUAUCAGGUGCUUUGACAAAAUCUGUUUUAGUUCACUUGGGAGUUGGUCUCCUAAGUUUUAUUAUAUUACUUGCUGUAACUUUAAUUAAAUUAACGAACCAAAAGUUUGAAGAACUCCAAAACGACAUGUUUUUCUGGUCAAACGUUGGAACUACCACACUUAGUUUGGUUAAUGUUAUUGUUGGACUUUGGCAACAAAAAGCGGCGAAGAAAAUUGAUGAAUGUAUUUCAACGGGAUCAUCAUUGUAA